CCUGCUUCCGGCCGCCCCCCCUCCCCUAUCUCCAGUUCUGCUCCAAGGGGUGGCACCUCCCUUAGGACCUGACCGAUUGGAACAAGAGCUUUCUCGCAUCUGCUGUAAUGGUGGUCAUCGAGGAGAUACCUCCCUGGGCAGAUGCGCCUCGAUUUGACUACCGAUUGUUCAAAGACCGUUUUAAAAUGGCCAGGUCUUAUCGAUCACUCGCAGUGAAUUUGAGGAAAUUUCUUAUCAGCAUAUCAGAUGAAGAGUUGGGAGGGACCAAAUUUGUCAGGCAUAAGGGUAUUCCUGGGACAGGUGGGUUUGUCCACGAGAUACCUCAGCUGCCAACUGCUCAUGCGUAUUUCAUCAUUGUCUUGUAUCCGCCCCCGGAUCUGGAGGAUGAGGAAUUGGAUGGUGAUGGCAGAGGUGUUGAGUUACUCUUCAGUGUGAACUCACUAUAUUAUCUAGGCUUUUCAUCUGAUGACUUCUGGUGUUUAUUUCAAGAUGCAAAGGUUGUAGGAGUCAGCAAAGAGUCUGAAUCCGCUAUGAAGAUCAAACGCCUCAGCAUUAAAGGUAGUUACCAAGGGAUUGGGAUGGAUUAUGAGGAACUGAUCGUCGGAUUUGCUGGACAGCUAGAGACGUACAGAGUAUUGGUCAACCCCAGAAGGGCAAACCAGAAACAAAUAACCCGAGUUUCUUGCCGCAAUGUGCUCAGCAUUCCAGAAGCAAUGCGGUUUACAUUCCUUCUUAAGCUUCACCUCACAAGCUUUGAAAUGGGUUAUGAGAAUGCUACCAUGGAUGUUACGGUUAAGCAGGGUGAGGAAUAUCGGAAUCCUUCUACCCACUUAAACGACUGGAGCAGUUACUCUGGAAAGUGCAGGGAAGGAGAAGCAAAGUUCGCUGUAGCACACCAAAAACUUCCCAUACCAGGAAUCCCGACGUUUGAAUGCCUGCUGAACUAUGUAAAUAUUAUGUCGAACAAAGAGCAUGAGAAGGCUGAUAAAAGUGAAAAAUCUGGGCAAAACAACCUUGCUAUUGCUGAUCGGGGUGGUGAUAAGAAGGGAACUGGUGAUAAGGAUCCUGCCAAUGACAAAGAUGGAAAAGAGCAAAGGAAAAAGAACAAAAGCUCCUCAACAUGGUUCUUUGAGAGCCCUGUGAUGCCAUAUCGUUGGAUUGGCAGAUCUUUAUGCCUAACAAAGGUUUUACUGGCGACAAACAUUGUCAACUCAUCUUUCACUAUUCCUGGAGUUGCUUGUGUUAUUGAUUCAUGUAGAUCAUUGCAAGUCUAUUGGGAUCCAAUUCGGAAAACAGACUCAGCUGGGCUUAUAUGGGCUUCCAAGUCUCAGGAUGAGCAGCGGAAAGGCAGGACAGGCCGAACCUAUGAUGGUCAAAUAUAUUGCUUGGUAGCUGGAUCAUUUUACAACAGUUUAGAUUAUCGCAAACAUCCUGCCAUUUUAAGGUUAUCGUUAAGAGAGCAAGUGCUCAUGGUUUGCUGCGCAGAGCCGAGAGUUAUGAUUGAUCCUAAUGUCGUGCCGCAAAAAGUUCUUGACCCACCGAAUGCAGACGUUAUUCAGGAUGCACUAGACUCACUUGUUCAAAUUCACGCAUUGGUUAAGCCAACUUCUCCGAGAGGGCGCUAUGGGCCCACUUUUUAUGGCUGUUUGCUCAAUAGCUUGCCAUUAUCAUUUGAUGCUUCUGUUCUUGCCCUGAAAUUUGGUGAGGUUGGCUUUCUCCAUGAAGGAAUUCUAAUAUGCAUUAUGUUGGACAUCCAACCGCUUCCUAUCCUGCAACCUUUUGGCUAUCAAGAAUUGGACAAGUAUCAUCUGGAGUAUCUGAAAAAUGUGGCGAACACCCAAGAGCCAACAGUAUCUCAUCCCUUCAUCUCUAAACUUGAAGAAGUUUGGUGUGCAUUACAUAACCUCUUUCCAGCAUCACUUAACCAUGUCUGCGAAAUGUAUGAUGAUGUUAUGAGCACACUGCACUGUUUUAGGCCUUGUUUUCUUGUGGAAAUCAAUCGUCCUAGGUACCAUCAGCCUGCUGAAUUCCACCAUUCAUGUUUUCACCAUGAAGUACUAAAGCCAGAGGAUAUGAAUCCACUCUUGUUGGAAGCUGAAAGUUCUCACUUAGAUUCACAGAGGAAGUUUGCUGCAACCCCUUGUGUUUCUCCAACUAAUGUUGAGGUCAUUCUCACUGUUGUAGUACUGAAGGUGCUUAUCGCGGAGAUGAAGACGCAACUUGCAGAGGACAGGGUAGUUUCUCGUAGGAAACAAGCUAGUGGUUAUGUUCAACCAACCGUUGAAAGUGGGAUGUCUGCGUUCUUUGUUUGUGGAUCUUGUAGUCAGGGGGACACGUGCCACUUCUCUCAUUCAAAUUGUGCCCCCAAACCAGUAUGCAAGUUCUUCCUUACAUUACAGGGUUGUAAAAAUGGCAGCUCUUAUUCAUUGUUACAUGAUCGUGGCUCCUCGAAGAAGCCAUAUUUUACAUCUGGAAUAUGCCCUAAAAAAUACAGAGCCACCUCAGUAUGUUGCACAAAGUUGUUGCCUGCAGGUGGAGAUGAGAAAAUUUUUCAGCAGAAGUUCUUUGAGUAUAUUGCCAUCAAGACCUUGGCAGAAACGUUGUCCAAGUUGCAGGUCGUCUUGAUCAUUAACUACACAAAGUUUGUUCACUUACAGGCUGAAAGAUUGGAAGAGAAUGCUUCUCUUUUUCGGGUGAAUUACUCAUGUUUGAUGAAGGGACUCUUGGAUGGUUUUCAGACACCACCCGUUGCUUACACUUUCAACAUGUAUCCUCCUACUGGCGUUCAGUUUGGUGAAUAUCCAACAGAACUGCGCAGAGCCCUAAGCAGAGCCUAGAUAGAACGAACAAUCUAGGUUUCUCCCGCCUGUGAAUAGCUAGAUCAAAUCAGUUGGCGUGCUGUAAUUUUUUGGUAAGGUCGUAGUCAGACUAGAGUUGAAAACGGUGUUGACAACAACUAACGGUUGUUUCAAAUUCUCAUCUGAAUUCCCCCGCACAUUGGAAUCUUAUCCGUGGUGACGACUAACGGUGGUUUUUAGCUAGUGGAUUUACCUUUCUUCUUGUUGAGAAUUUGAAAUGUUGAUGUGGAAAACGUUCAUAUCUUGAGAAGGUUGGAUGUUGGUAGGUAAUCCUAUUUCCA